GAGCUUGAACAAGAAGACAUCAUUUUUAUUGAUAAGAAUUUGGAUGGAAAACAUUCAAUUAGGCUUCCUUUAUUGAUUUUGCAUGAAUUAUAUUCACAACAUCGAAACCCAUGUACAACCCCAGAAAUUAAACUUCUCGAGUCCUUGGAUAUUGCACUUUCACCAGAUGAAAAUGAACGUGUCACAUUAUCGGUAUUUGUGUUUCGAUUAUGGACCAUUUAUCAUACAACUAAAAAUGAAAGAAAUGAUGGACUUUUUCAAUGCAAACUUUCAAGACUUGUACCUUUGCGAAAUGGCCAAAAAGAUAGGGUUUUAAAAUUUCAUCCUUGGUUUUCUGUACGUGAUACUUUAGAUUUAAUUACAAAGGAAAAUUGGAAAUCUUUUAUUCAUCAAGUUCAAAAUCAGCAACAACAACGUUAUAAAGAAUGUAUUGCAUAUCAAAACAAAGGAAAAGCUCCAUUUGCAGAUUCAUUUAUACUUACUGAACCUCCUAUUCUUAUUCAAGAUAAACAAUCUAUAACUAGUCGAAAAAGGCAGAUUAUUGGUAAUAAUCCAAAUGUUAUAGCAAAAAAUCUUUUAAAAAAUGAACAUGCAAAGUGUGAUAUAGAUGACCAUAUUUUUAUCUUAGUAACUGAUGAAAAACAAAGAGAUAAUUCUGAUGAAAAGUUAAAGGAUAAUGAGAUUUUGAUUUCAUGUAAUAAUGUAAAAGCAGUAUUUGGAGAAAUUUUAGCACUUAGAAAAUUAUACUGUAUUGAAAGAGCAUAA